AUGCAGAGCCUCUUUGGUCGCAGCAGCAGGAACCAGCGGACAUUCAGGCCCAAGAAGAGUGCUCCAGCGAGGGACAAGAGCAUGAAGCUGAAGAGGCACAUCGACGCGACCCUCGGCAGCGGUAACCUGCGAGAGGUGGUCCGCCUGCCAGUCGGAGAGGAUCUCAACGAGUGGCUCGCUGUCAACACUGUCGACUUCUUCAACCAAGUGAGCCUCCUGUACGGCACCCUCAUGGAGUUCUGCACGCCAGCUACCUGCCCCACCAUGUCAGCCGGUCCAAAGUAUGAGUACAGGUGGGCUGAUGGACUCAAGAUCAAGAGGCCUAUUGAAGUGUCUGCACCAAAGUACGUCGAGUACCUGAUGGACUGGAUCGAAGCCCAGCUCGACGAAGAAUCCAUCUUCCCUCAAAAGCUUGGGGCUCCCUUCCCUCCAAACUUCCGGGACGUCGCCAAGACCAUCUUCAAGCGUCUGUUCAGGGUGUAUGCCCACAUAUACCACUCGCAUUUCCAGAUGAUUCUCAAGCUCCAGGAAGAAGCACAUCUCAACACCUGCUUCAAGCACUUUGUGCUCUUCACAACGGAAUUUCAGUUAAUCGAUAGGUCAGAGCUGGCUCCUCUGAGCGAACUGAUCGAACCCAUAUGGCGUGGACACUAG